UUCACAGAUUUCGGAAGAAAAAACAAUGUCACAGAGCAGCAACACUGGGAAUCCAAUGAAAUCGAUCAACUGUGUCAUUUCUGAACCGUACUAUUUACUCCAUUUUCUAUCACUCUUCUCAUACAUUCCCAUUCGCUGUUCCGCCUCCGCUCUUCUUAUCUCCUUUGCAGAGAAAUUCAAGCGGUUCUUGCAUUUUGUGUUUUAUCAGCUGUUAAAUAUUCCUUGUUGCUUCUGGUUUGGUGAUGGACUAUCACGUGGCUCUGUGGUAUGCAUUAGUAUUUUCUGGUACGGCAAACCAACUAACACCGCUCCAGUUGGAAACUUUGCUAACUGAAGGGAACAAGUCAAAAUCCAGGCUGGUAAUGCUGCCAUGUCUCCAAAGCUCGAACAAGUAAAUAGAGCUCCUUGUCAUACGUAGGAUAGUUGAGAGCUGCACCACUUAGCUUCUCACUAAAGUAGGCUAUAGGUCUCUUAUCCUGUAUUAAGACUGCUCCAAUACCUAUUUCUGAUGCAUCACACUCAAUUUCGAAAGUUUUGUCAAAGUUAGGAAGUGCUGAAAUCGGUGCUUUAUACAAACAACCUUUGAUGGUGUUGAAUGCAUGUUUUUGUUCUACCCCCCAUUGAAACCCCAUAUUUUUCUUGGCAAUUUCAGUUAGUGGCGUGGUAAUCGUGCUGAAGUCCCUUACAAAAUGCCUGUAAAAACUAGCAAAUCCAUGAAAACUUUUAACUUCAGUUAUGUUUUUAGGUGUUGGCUAAUCCUUAGUAGCCUUUAUUUUCUCUUCAUCUAUUUCUACACCAUUAGCACUAUUCACAAAGCCUAGAAACACAACUCUAUCCAUGCAAAAAGUACACUUUUUAAAAUUGGCAUAAAAUUGUUCCUUUCUCAAAACCAUAAGCACACAUCUUAGGUGUCCUACAUGUUCAUCAAGAUUCUUGCUAUAGAUUAAAAUGUUAUCAAAAUAAAUUACAACAAAUUUUCUAAUGAAAGUAUGCAAAACAUGGUUCAUUAACCGCAUAAAAGUACUUGGUGCAUUUGUGAGUUCAAACGGCAUAACUAACCAUUCAUACAAUCCAUAUUUAUUUUUAAAAACCGUUUUUCAUUCAUUACCCUCCCUCAUGCGAAUUUGAUGAUACCCACUUUUAAGAUUAAUUUUACUUAAAAUACAUGCACCAUGUAGCUCAUCUAGCAUAUCAUCUAUCCUAGAAAUUGGAUGACGAUAUUUUACCGUAAUGUUGUUGAUGACUCUGUAAUCUACGCACAUUCUCUAAAUUCCAUCUUUCUUUGGCACCAGUAAUACAUGUACGACACAUGGUGUCAAGGUCCGCAGCUUUACUUAGCCUCUUGACACUAUCGCAGUCGCAGUUUGCCCAAUUUCGGCCAAACAUUGUAAAUAUUACUUCAAGUUUGAGUUGUAAUUUUCUUUUCAUUGUAAUAGUUAUUU